AAAGAAAACCCAAAAAAAAAAAAAAUGGCAGCUCUCUCUUUACAUGCCAGGUCCAACAGUUUCCCUGCAGAAUCACACCCUCUGGUUUCAGAGAUUGAUGAGCAGGUCUGCAGAUUGAGACAAUCUCAAGCUGCUUCUACCUCAUCAUCCAUUUCCCACAAGCUGAAUGGCCUUCAGGAUUUGUAUGAUAUUGUUGACAAGUUGCUGCAGCUGUCAACAACUCAACAAGCCUUGGCCAAUGACCAGAAAUGCUUCAAUGAGGUGUUGGAUGGAUCUUUGAGGCUCUUGGAUUUGUGCAAUGUAGCCAAGGAUGCCUUGUCACAGAUGAAAGAGUCUGUGGCUGAGCUUCAAUCUGCUAUUCGUAGAAGGCAAAGUGGUUUGGAAGGAGAAACCAGGAGAUACCUGAAAUCUAGAAGCAUGGUGAAGAAAGCAAUUCAGAAGGCCUUAAAGGGUAUGGACAGCAAGAAGUCCGUUUCAUCAAACAACAUUGAGACAGUCGCCAUGUUAAAGGAAGCUGAAUCUGCUGUUGUUGAAGUUUUGGAGUGCUUGUUGUUGUUCAUUUCUCAAACUAGCUCAAAGUCAAGCAGCUGGUCAUUAGUUUCCAAGCUGAUGACGAACCAGAAACCAGUUUGUCAAGAGAAUGAGUUUGCAGAUGUGGAUGCCUCGCUUAAGAUGAACAAUUCUUCAGAUGAAGUCCAAGUUCAGCUGAAAAGCUUGGAGCUUUGCAUUCAAGAUCUUGAUGGAGGAGUUGAGUGUUUGUUUAGGCAUCUGAUCAAAACAAGAGCUUCCAUUCUGAAUGCUCAUAAUAUGUGAAAAACAUACUUGUAUACAAAUUACGUUACAUAUGUGGCACAUUUUUGUACAUUCUGAUACUCAAUACAUAAAAAGAAACUGACACAUGAUCAUUCCCUGGAAAAACGAUGUCUCCAUUUUGCUUCUUUCAUGUCCAGUUUUAAGCCGCAUGAUUAGAGAUAGUUGAGCUAAUAUACAAGGAUCAUUGACUCUAAUAAUUUUGACUAUUGAUG